UUCAGCCAGUCCGUGAACGGUACCUACACCUUCAAGGUCCGCGUCCUUGAAGGCUAUCUUACCCUCGGAUAUACGAUCAUCUUCAGGCAGUAUCGUCGACCUUAGAUCCUUUCGAGCGCCCGCGAGCGCCUCCAACGACGGUUCUUCCGAUUCUAAACUUUCAUAAACACCCCUUCUUUAGCCUCUUGAUAUCCUUAAAAACCAUCAACAGAAGUGACCAUCUUCAGUCGAAUCUAAAAAAAACACUUCUUUCGUUCUUCGCAACCCCCCAAUUACUUCGCUUUCGAAGUGAUCGUGCUAGACAAGAGAAAAAGACAAAAAGACAACGGCAAAGACGAUAAGAACACAAGAGAAACGAAGAGCCAAGGUGAUAAAAGCUUGUGAAACGAAAGGACAAGGUUUUCCCAGGAAGAAUUUUACUGUGCUUUAAAGCUCGAGGAUGAGGUCCUCGUUGGUUCUAUUCUUCGCGGUGGCAGUCUUCGCUUAUACCGAGGGCUUCACUCGAGUGAAAAGACAGGAAGACAAGAAGGAAGAGAGUUUCGAGAACGAAAUCUGCAAGGAAAAGGAGGCUGGAGAAUGGUUCAGAUUGGUAGCCGGCGAGGGCGACAACUGUCGGGACGUUAUUCAAUGCACGAGUUCCGGUCUCCAAGCUAUACGAUGCCCGGCUGGUCUUUACUUCGACAUCGAGAAGCAAACGUGCGAUUGGAAGGACUCGGUGAAUAACUGCAAACUUAAAAAUAAGGAGAGGAAAUCGAAGCCUCUUCUGUAUACCGAGGAACCUCUCUGCCAAGAUGGAUACUUGGCCUGUGCCGAUCAGUCCUGUAUAGAGAGAGGAUUGUUCUGUAACGGCGAGAAGGAUUGUACCGAUGGAUCCGACGAAAAUAUUUGUGACAUGGACAACGAUCCGAACAGCGCUCCUCCUUGUGACCCUGCCGUCUGCGUACUUCCCGAUUGCUUCUGCUCCGAAGAUGGAACGAGCAUCCCCGGUGAUCUUCCGGCCAAGGACGUGCCGCAGAUGAUUACGAUAACCUUCGACGAUGCCAUCAACAACAACAAUAUCGGUCUCUACAAAGAGAUCUUCAACGGAAAACGCAAGAAUCCUAAUGGUUGCGACAUCAAGGCCACCUUCUUCGUCUCUCACAAAUACACUAAUUACUCGGCUGUGCAAGAGAUGCACAGGAAAGGCCAUGAGAUUGCGGUACACUCGAUCUCUCAUAACGAUAACGAACGCUUCUGGUCUAACGCUACGGUUGACGAAUGGGCCAAAGAAAUGGCUGGUAUGAGAGUCAUCGUCGAGAAGUUCGCCAACAUAACUGACAAUACUGUCGUUGGUGUCAGAGCACCGUAUCUUCGAGUAGGUGGCAACAAUCAGUUCACGAUGAUGGAAGAACAGUCCUUUUUAUACGAUUCGACGAUCACUGCGGCACUGAAUAAUCCACCUCUCUGGCCUUACACCAUGUACUUCAGGAUGCCUCAUCGUUGCCAUGGAAAUCUUCAGCAUUGUCCGACGAGAUCGCAUGCUGUGUGGGAAAUGGUGAUGAACGAAUUGGAUCGUCGCGAGGACCCACAAAACGAUGAAUAUCUUCCUGGAUGCGCUAUGGUCGACUCUUGCAGCAACAUCUUGACCGGAGAUCAAUUCUUGGACUUCCUUAAUCACAAUUUCAAUCGUCAUUAUCAACAAAACCGCGCGCCUCUUGGUCUCUAUUUCCAUGCUGCCUGGUUAAAGAACAAUCCUGAAUUCCUCGACGCUUUCCUUUACUGGAUCGAUGACAUAUUGGAAAACCAAAAAGACGUUUACUUCGUAACGAUGACCCAAGUGAUCCAAUGGAUCCAGAACCCUCGUACUAUCUCCGAAUCUAAAAACUUCGAGUCCUGGAAAGAGAAAUGUGUCGUCGAUGGACCACCAGCCUGUUGGGUUCCCCAUACUUGUAAAUUAACUGCGAAAGACAUCCCUGGGGAGACCAUAAAUCUUCAGACUUGCGUACGUUGCCCCAACAACUACCCCUGGAUCGAUGACCCCACAGGCGAUGGUUUCUACUUGUAAAAAAGUAUCGUCUCCUCGUUCCUUCUUCUCGUCUAAGUCAAUUCUUCUACCCCUUUCUUACGUUCGUCCCUACAUAUCCGCCGCGUCCUAAUUAGCUCGUUCCGUACCGAACGUGCCUUGCCCUUUCCGAAUUUCGUGAUGGAACAUGUGGCGUCUGGACGAUCGCCGACUGACACUCCUGCGUGUUGAGACUUCAAUUUCAAGAUCGACAAUCACGAGAUCAUAAUAAUCGACUAACGAUCGUAACAGGGAUCUCUUUUCAAAAUCUCGGAAGAAAGAGAGAGAUAGAUAGAUAAAGAUAGAAAUGGGAUCGUCGAGAGAGAUUAAUCAUCUUUCGAUCGGCUACAUUCUUAACGCGCGCCAGCGCCAGAGAUCUGUGAUAAAUCCUCGAACUCGUGUCCUUGAGAUUUUUGGGAAGACAAAGACCAGGAUAUAUAAAAGACGGCGACGAAGACAAUGACGAGAGUAUUCGCGGAAUUCAAGCCACGUCGGCGACGCUAACAUAAUUUCUUUUCUCCCACCCUUCUUCUUGUUCUUCUUUUUGUCCAUUUAUCCAAUACCCCAAUCCCAGCGUCUUUCAUAGUCUUGAAGAGAAACUGCGGACCCAUUAAAACAGUUGGGCUCUACGGCAACGCUCGAUGUAUAAUAUAAUAAGACGCACGUCCUUGCCUUUUCCUAAGACAUCCUUUAUUUUCUUUCCUCGCUUCUCCCAUCUUACAUCUUUCGGAGAGAAGACCCACCCCCUUUCGCUCUUUUUAAUGGAACACCCUUAUAUUUUUCUAAGGGUCGACCAGACUAUAUAUGUAUAUAUAUAUAUAUAUAUAUAUAUAUAUAUAUAUAUAUGUAUAUAAAUAUUAAAUAUUAUUGCGUAUGUAUAUUUUUAAAGAAAUAAGUGAUAGUACCAACAUCGUUUACAAAAGAAUGAACCUUUAAUAAAAGAUCCCGAUAAAUUUGAA